AUUUUAGUUACCCGUGUCCUCCAGCGGAUCACUCUUUUUGACCCAUCUUUCAGCUCUUCUGUGGACAAACCGAGUGCAAAAUGGAAACAGACCAUCAGAGAUCCCAAUCUCGGGAUAAAUGCACCAGUGAUGUGUGUAUUAAUCAAGAUUCCCAGUUUACACAAGAAAAGACAACCCAGGAAGACUCUGGAGAACUCGUAGAACCCACCUGUGAGAUAGAAAAAACAGACUCACCUGCCCAACCUCACGGUGCUUACACUUUCUUACCAACAGAUGGAGGUGUUGAGUCAAGUAUGGAAGAGUUCAAUGUAGACGAUAAUGACCUUAAUAGUGACCAGGCCCAUGAGUGGCCACCGGUACCAGAACCUGAUGAAGAGACCCAAUUGGAGAGUGAUGAGUGUCAAGAGGGAUCAAAGGAAAACACAAAAGCUAGUGAAGAUGAUCUAACCCCCGUGCAAGAUCACAUCACACAGAUGGCCAGUGUUGAAGAGGGUCAUUCUGUUGUGGUCAAGUUAUGUGAUGACUUGGAUUCAACAGUGUUUGUAUCAGAGGAACAAAAUACAGACUGCAAACCAGACAUGGCCACCAGCAUAGAUGAGUCAAGGGUUAAUGCUCACAACAUCCAGCAGGAGGAACUUGAGGUAAACAGGCAGAAUAGUCUGAAUGAAAAUGAGGUGGAGCAACAGGUGCGUGGUGAGGCUCCACCCCUAGAUACAGGUGAGCCAGCCAAUCCGGGGCAAGAUAGCCCUGCCUGUAGCCCUGUUGAGGUAAAAGAGCCAGUGACAGAAACUAAUAGAGACGGCGAAAGGGAGGAAAGGAGAGAACGUGCUGUAACAGGUGGGCCAGAAGAAGAAAAGCAAGCAGGGGUGGAAGAUCAAAGACAAGAACAGGAUAACAAAGGACCGGGAGAAGCAGAGACUUAUUUGAAAGUGAGUAGAAUGGACGGUGUGGAUCAUAUUGAUGACAACCAGAGUGAUAGCGGUGUAUCGGCGGAUUUCUCCCCCAACAGCACGACCGAUGCAUCCGACGCUCCUCAGCGCUCUGAAACUCCUCCUAAUGAAACUCCCAUUGAGAGGGAAAUCCGUCUUGCCAUGCUGAGAGAACAGAAUCUGCGACGUUCCCGAGGACUGGACGAUGUACCGGACAAGACUAAAGAGUUUGUGGAAAUUCCAGUGAGGAGACCCAUUCUCUCCCAGGACGUACAAUCCAAUCCCGGCCAGGGCAUGGACAAGGCGUUUGCUGAAAAGAUGAUGCAGAAGGAGAUCAAUGCCGAGAGGGAGAAGUCUCCUGGAUUUUACGACAAGGGCACGGAGGCACAGCUUCAUGAGAAAAAGCAACUCUUCGAAUCUCUUCAACAGCCAAAGGACUCGGCCACCGGAAGACCCGCCAAUACGGACUAUGCUGCUGUGAUACAGGAAAUUAAUUCUUCUAUGGGCAUCAAAGAACGGCAAAUGCAGUUCUUGCAAAAUUCUCCCGAACCGCCAGCGCCAUCCAAAGCUGAAGGUCCAAACAGUGGCCCACCUUCUGCUCUAGGACCUGGUUUAACUGAGGGGACCACGGCUCAGAUAAUAAUCAUAGAGACCACCCCUGCUAUCACAACUGUAGGAGAGUCCAGUGCUCUUGAAAAAGCGAAAGAUGAGAAUCCAACGAGCGUGAGUUCUUCUACUGCUGAGCCUGAGAGACAAAAUGUCGAUGUGAUUGAAAACAAAGAUGUCACAGACUUGGGGUUGGUGACGGAGAAUCCUUUCUUCAAGCUUCGUUCCUCGUUGUCUCUGCAACCUCAGGUGGAACAAGACAUCAAGGAGGCGAAGGAGAGGGAAAUAGAGCUACAGAAACAGAGGAGCAGUCUUUAUGGAGAAGCACCUCCUAUGGAACCUCAAGCAGAAAAGGCAACAGAAAGAGAUUCAGGACAAGGAGAAGAAAAGAGUCAAGCUGAAGCAGAAAGUACAGGCGAAGCGGAAACAACAUCUAGUGAAGAGAUAGUGAAGAGUAGCCCACCAUCCCAACAGACAAAUCCACCUCAAGCAGGCGACUAUUCAGAAGUGUCAUCCACCCCAACGUCAGAGCGACAGCCCACAGGAAAACUGGACCUGAUGUGGCCUCCACCCCAAACUGAUGAAGAACAGUCAGAGAAAACAUCAAGGCCCCCACGACAGAGAACCCCAUUACUCGAUCGCUGGGAGUCAGGGAUGGUGAACGGACUAGUGGAGGACAUCAACUGAGACCAAAACACAAACUACAGCAUCACGACAUGGAACAGCACAGAGGAGUUUAGCAGCACAAUAAUGAAGUCUGUCAUUUGUUUUCUAAAGGAAAGGCAGACGUGGAUACAGAAUAUGGAUUUUAAGGAACAUGAUGUUCCGAAACAGACGUUUUGGAAAUGUCUGAACAUGAAUAAAAAGCUGAAUUGCUUUAAUAAUGAUUAAUUAUCAAUUAUUGUAAAAUAAGUUAAAAUUAUAUAAAAUCAUUUAUUAUCAAUAAACUGCUCUAUAAUUCCUACACUCUUUACAUUUCAACACUUAUAAAAAAAAGCUAAUUCAAACUGGGAAAUGGAUUUAUUCAGGGCUGGGAAAAGAUUAAUCGCGAUUAAUCGCAUACAAAAUAAAAGUAAUUUUUUGCAUAAUAUAUGUGUGUACUGUGUGUAAUUAUUGUGUAUUUUUAACCACGCACACAUACAUAUAUUCAUGUCAGAUUUUUUAUUUAUAUAUAAUUUUUAGGGCUGUCAAAAGAUUAAUCGCGAUUAAUCGCAUCCAACAUAAAAGUUUGUGUUUACAUAGCAUAUGUGUGUGUACUGUGUAUAAAUAUUAUGUAUAUAUAAAUACACACACAUUCAUGUAUAUAUUUAAGAAAUAUUUGCAUUUAAAUACUGUAUAUACAUUUCUAUAAUUUAUAUUAUAUAUAAAUAUAAAUAUUUUAUAUAUAAAUAUAACAAUUUUUUC